AGAAACCCCGAUCCCCUCACCCACGCUCCCAUCCCAUGCAUCAUCGCCAUGCCAUCCAUGGAUUCCUCCCGUGCGGCGUCUCCCAACCCAAGUUCCUAACCCCACCCACACCCACACCCACACCCAGCAACCCCAAUUCCUUCCUCUCCCACCAACGCAACCACAUAUUCCAUCGUCGCCGUCACCUUGACGGCUAGACGCAGGUAGAGACCGACCGGCCCCAUAUAUACCAUACGUGACUGGGCAACAUCGUAUCCGGCCGUGGAAAGGGGAAGCCUAGCCUAGCUGCGAGGAGUGAGGUCGGUACCGGCUUAGCUAGCAGCAAUCUGCAGGUGAAUUGGGCACUAGCAGCAGCAGCAGCAGCAUCAAUCAAGUGAGGAUUUCGCAAUGCGGCCGGCCGUGACGCACGACGACCUGUCCCUCCGCAAGGCGCAGGAGCGCCGGGCGGGGCGCUCCGGCAGCCAGAUCGCCGUCGCCCUCGUCGCGCUCUCCGUGCUCUGCGGCCUCGUCAGCUUCAUCCUCUGCCUCGCCGCCGAGGGCUCGCGCUCCGAGGUGUCCAACUACCUGAUGACCGUGGCCGGGAGCGGGGCGCAGGUGGAGCUGUGCUUCUACAACGGCAGCGGCCGCUCGGCGCUCGCCUUCUCCAUCGGCGCCUUCCUGCUGCUGGCCGUCGCCAUGUUCGCCGUGCACGCCUACAUGCUGCUCGCCGUCGCUUCGCCGGACUCCGCCGCCGCUGGCCUCGCCGUCGCCGAGGACCACCCCCGCGUGUCCUCCGCCACCAACACCCUCACCUGGCAAACCUGCUGCCUCUUCUUCGUCACGUGGAUUUGCUUCGGGCUCGCGGAGGUGCUGCUCAUGAUCGGGAUCGGGGUGGAGUCCGGCCACGUCAGCGACUGGCGGAGGCCGCGGCAGGUGUGCCACCGGGUGCGCCCGGGGAUGUUCGCGGCGGCGGGGAUACUGGGGCUCAUCACCGUCGUCGUUGGCUUCGUCGUCUACGUGACCGCGGUGCACACGCAGAAGCUGCUGAGGCAGCACGGCGGCGGCCACUACCCGCCGCACCCCGGCAGCGCCCCGUACCCCAGCGUCCAGCAGCACCACCUGCAGCCGCCCGUGUCGUACCCACCAUACCCGGCCCCGCACCCACACCCUCAUCCGGCGCCGAAUGCGCCGGAGAUCACAGCGGCCGCGUGCCAGGUGCAGUCCAGCAACGCGUGGUGCAUCACCAAGGACAAGGAGUACACCGAUGUUUGAAUGCCUGAGCCGAGACGAUGCACGUAAAAUUCCUUUUCGUUUUCGAACAAUUGCUUGCUGAUUUCAAUUGGAUUAUUAUUUGCUGAUAUGUAAAACAAUUUGUUUGUACAAGGACAAUAUAAAUGUUUUAACUUGUUA